AUCUCCUCUCCUAAUUUUAAAAUUGCAACAGAUUAAAAUAAUUGGUCGUGUCCCUUGGAUCAAAAAGUUCACACCAAAAAAAGAAAUUUUGAGUGCUAAAUUUUUUUGUAAUUGGCAACAACCGUAAAGUCACUUUUUCUUAGGCUAAAUUUGUAUUUUAAAGGGGAUCCAUCACCCAGUACCAUCGUAUCAUAUAUCUAUAACAGCCAAUCAUGUCAGGCGAGCGCUUGGUGGUUGUGUCAAGUGCCAAUGACUUAUAUACCAAUAAGCUAUUCCAUCCAGAUGCUUUAAUACUGCGAAUUAAAAGGAGUAUACCUCGAGCCUUACCAUAUUAUGAUAAUCUUGAUGUCACCGAUAGUGAUUUUGAUCCUAUAGUUAAAGAAUUAAAGAAAUUAUAUCCUCAUAAACGUCCAGCAACCAUUGCUAAUAUUGAUAAUGAUAAUGCUAUAAGUAAUACUACUGAAAGGAAUGAUAGUAUUCAAAGGAAGAGGAAACGGAAAUAUGAAGAAGAUAAUACAGAUAUAUAUUCAUUCAAAUUAAGUGAACUUUUACAUUUACUUAUAGAGGAAGAAAAUCUUGAAGAUAGUAAUCGAAUGAAUAUUGAAAAUUCAUUAUUUGAAUUAACAUCAUAUAUCCCAACUCCUGAUCCAAAAUGGAAUUUCCCUAUCCAAAAAUUAAAAAAGACCGAUUUUGAACCUCCUCCACCACCUCCAAAAAGAGGUAGACAACAAGUUAAAUCAAAACUUCAACAUUUACCUCCCAAUGAUAGAAAAAUUCAUCCUCUGCAAAUAUAUCCUCAUGGAACUUUAUCCAAAGUCUUAGUGGAUAAUUAUGAUAGUCUUUUAAAAUUCUCAUCAACUUAUUUUAAUUUAUCAUUAUCAUCCCACGUUACAAGAUUCAUGGUUGAUUUAAUUUAUUCAUUACAAUAUUGGGAAGUUUAUCAUUUAAUUGUUUUAAUCCCUCAUUUUGAUUAUUUUUUAAAUUUAAUCAAUUUUAAAAUAAUUCCUACCAGUUUUGGUCCCAUCAUUGAACCUCCUCAAAAUUAUUUAAAUAAUGCCAUGUUAUCAGGUUUACAAUAUCCUUUCCCUUAUCCAUUCUAUAAUUAUUCUUAUCAUUCAUUUGAUCCAAAUGUGGAUGCUAGGAAAUUUAAUAAAGUUAAUAUAACUCCUUAUACUGACAUAAGUUUGAAAGAUGUCGGUUCACCCAUUAGGAGAAGACAACUAUCAAGAAGACCUUCUGCUAAAUCAUUCCCUCUUCAAAUCAUUCAACAUCGUCCUAAAUCAAAAGAUGGUCUUAGUAUUGAUGAUAAAAAAGGGGCAAGAAGUAGAACUAAUUCAUUUAAUACGGUUUCACGAGGUAAUAGUGUGGUUGAUGGUCAGAAUGGUACUGAAAGUGAUUUUGGAUCCAUGGUAUCUGAUGAUGAAAGAGUUCGUCGUGAAGAGGAUGAAGACGAUGAAGGAUGAUGACGAAGAUGAGGAUGGAGAAGAUGAGGAUGACGAUGAUGACGAUGAUGAUGAAGAUGAUAGUCAAACUCCUCAAGACAUGGAAUCUAGUCCAAAACAAACCGUUGUUAAAAAUGAAAAA